UUACCUUUCCCCUUCUCACUUUCCUCACCAAACACGGAUACCCUAGCAAAAGAGAGAGAGAGAGGUAGCAGUAGAAGGCUUUUGUGUUCUUCUCCCUCCCCGGCGUCAUGGAUUCCCAGGUCUAUGGCGGCUCUCCGACGAUCCUCUUUUUCGUUCUACUGUUCUCCGUCGCCGGCAUCCCCUCCGCAUUGCCGGAGAACUCCGUCUACCGUCCCACAUUGCCAUCAAACGGCUCCGGCCAGAUCAACUCCAACUCCAUCCUCGUCGCCCUCCUCGACUCCCACUACACCGAGCUCGCCGAGCUCGUCGAGAAGGCCCUUCUCCUCCAGACACUCGAGGACGCCGUCGGCCGCCACAACGUCACCAUCUUCGCCCCCCGCAACGAAGCCCUCGAGCGCGAUCUCGAACCCGAGUUCAAGCGAUUCCUCCUCGAACCCCGGAAUCUCAAAUCCCUCCAGACUUUGAUCUUAUUCCACGUGAUCCCCUCCCGGAUCGGCUCCGAUUCCUGGCCGACAUUCGAAUCUGCCCGCCACCGCACACUUUCCGCCGACCACGUCCACCUCUCCGGCGGCGGCGCGGCUAAGCUGGUAGACCUUGCCGCCGUGGUCCACCCGGACGCGGUGGUCCGCCCGGACGGCGUGAUCCACGGCAUCGAGCGCCUCCUCGUCCCCCGAUCUGUUCAGGAGGACUUCAACCGCCGCCGCAGCCUGGCCUCCAUCUCCGCCGUCCUCCCCGUUGGAGCGCCCGAGGUGGACCCCCGCACCCACCGCCUCAAGAAGCUCGCCCCGCCCGCCCCUGCCGGCUCUCCGCCGGCCCUCCCCAUUUACGACGCCAUAGCCCCCGGCCCCGCCCUCGCCCCCGCUCCCGCCCCCGGCCCCGGCUCCGGCAAGCACUGGUUCGACGGCGAGAGCCAGGUCAAGGACUUCAUCCAAACCCUCCUCCUCUACGGCGGCUACAACGAGCUCGCCGACAUUCUGGUAAAUCUAACGUCGUUAGCGACGGAGAUGGGGCGUUUGGUCUCGGAGGGCUACGUCCUCACCGUCCUCGCUCCCAACGACGAGGCGAUGGCCAAACUGACGGCAGAUCAGCUGAGCGAACCUGGAGCACCGGAGCAGAUUGUGUACUACCACCUGAUCCCGGAGUAUCAGACGGAGGAGAGCAUGUACAAUGCGGUGAGGCGUUUCGGGAAGGUGCGUUACGACACGCUCCGUCUCCCCCACAAGGUGGUGGCGCGGGAGGCCGACGGCUCUGUCAAGUUUGGCCAGGGACAGGGCUCCGCAUAUCUCUUCGACCCGGAUAUCUACACCGACGGCCGGAUCUCCGUCCAGGGGAUCGACGCCGUUCUUUUUCCGCCGGAGGAGGAGACUCACGCCGCCGUCGCGCCGGCAGCCGUCAGGAGCAACGUCAAGGCCGCCAAGCCAAGGAGAGGGAAGUUGUUGGAACUUGGGUGCAAAAUGCUGGGGGCUUUGGGUCAGCUGGCUCGUUUCACCACCUGCCAAUAGGUAAAGGUGCAUCAAACGGAAGCUAAUUCACAUGGAAAAGAAAGGUGCUACCCUGUUGCAAAUUCUUCCCGUAAUAACACGAAGGAUGAUUAAAAAGGGGUUUUGUAUGUUUUUGUAUAUAAAUGUUUUUGUGGGUUGUCAAUUGGCAAGAAUCAUGAACGUUCAUAGAUAAAUUCUUCUUGCACCAUAUGAUGUGAAAUCACCUAUGUUCUACCCUA